GAUUUCGCGCUCGAAGUACGUGUGUUUCGAUAGAUCAAUUUUCGUGUUACGUGACAAAGUAAGGUAUUAAAAACUAAGUGUCUUAAUUCAAUAAAAAACAUUGAAUAACUGGCCGUUAAAAUAAAAAAUAAAGUUGUGUGUGAAAUAGUUUUUAAAUUUCGAAUUCAUCUGAUUUAUUUUUUGAAAGUUUUCAACUGAGCGAUGUCAAGCGUGAGAGCCAUCGCGUAACGCCGUGAGGUGUACAGCGACCGUGGCUAAGCUAGCACUUAUGAAGCGCAAACUAUGUGCCACACCAGCUUUCACCUGUGACGACGAUAUGGAAGAGCUCAAUGUCGCAGCUCUAUCUAGACGGAAGGAGUCAGCGGCUCCGCUGACGGGCGAGAGAGAUGGAACGAUAUUUCGCACCGCUCUCAACUAUCCACUUGCGUUGGUUUUAAGGCUCAGAGUAUUGCAGAUAGUAUGCGGCAUAUCAACCAUGGUCAUGGGUAGCGUGGCCUUUAUAGAAGAACGGCAGAAGUUCAACAUGGGGCUGGGUAUUCCGGCCGGUGGUAUCAGUGUGCUUGCUGCAGCGGUAUCAAUCCAUACAUCGCGGGGUUGGAGCGCUGUGUCGAACCCCGCGGGAGCGGGAGCGGGCGCGGCGAGCGUUUUGUGGGCCGCCGCGGCUUGCUUGCAGUUCGCAUUGGUCGUUCAGUGCUGUAGAACUAUACUGGAUCCUUCUGGACUUGUUCAUGGGGAUGGACCGGACGAAGAAGACUCAGCGCCCUCAUCUCGAGAUUUAAUAGUGAUCGCGUGUGUACAAAUCGCUCUGGCCGCAGCUACACUCCUCAGCGCCGCGAUAUGCGCUCGGAUAGACUGCGGCGCAUGACGCGAACCCGUGCGGACGCUCACACGACGACGAGUGAGUGAAGCGCCCGCGGUCGCUACCUGCGCCGCUCCUCCCGACAACGUAUCGCCACCCGACAUCACAGUGGAACGAGAGAAGGGCGGACGUGUAGCAUGGCUAAUAUAACUGUACUCACUACUAUUUUCAGCGUACAUAACUACUUUUGUAAAGUGCAACAUGUAUAUUGUUUGUUCAUAAGGUAAAUAUAAAACUUUAAAUAAAUAACAAAUAGUGCAAACUUUGGUAAUAAAAAGUACAUUUCAUUCGAAUAUUUGCUUUACGAGUAUUGUCUACAUUCAACUGAGUUUAAGUAACGUUCCGAAUUGAAUUGUUUUCUUCUGAGUGUAACGAGAUAUUGUUGAUUUUAUAGGUUUGUUUACUGUUACAAUAAGUAUGACCACUUGCUACGAUAAAAAUAAAUUUGCACUGCAAUAAUACUUACUAAUAUUAUAAAUGUGAAAGUGAAUUUGUUUAUUACCUUAUAAUUCCUUAAUGGGUAUAUGAGUUACAGAAGGCUGUAGGCUAUUUUUCAUCCCAAUCUGUAAACAUAUCUCGCGGACGAAGUCAUGGUUAAAAGCUAGUUUCAAAUAAACGUAGGAAUUUUCUAGAUUAAGGCGAUUGUAGUGAUCUCUAGACUGAAACAAAUAUGAUCGAGUAUUUACGAAUCAAAACAGCAGGAGGCAAGCUUUACGGGAGCGAGUCUUUUAAGGUAAUCGUUUUUCAUUUUCAAUUUAGAAUGCAAAUUGUUUACUUUGUGAUUUCCUUAUGUUUUUAUUCAUGUUAUUAAUGCUGACAUAGAAAGCUCAAUAUAGAGCGUCACAACCGCUCAAAACUAAGGGUCCUGAAUGAUCCCGAAACUAAUCGACCAUUUUCGAUUAAAUUACACGUAAGUUAAACCGAUAGUUAUAAUAACCGAUAUUAAAUUAUAAUGUGUACUGAUAAAACUUUUAGCAUAAAAACUUUGUCUCCACCAUAUAAAAAACAAAAUACUUUCAAAUUAACAUUCAAAUUUAAAUCAUCUUUUCUAUUAUUAUUUAUUCUUUAUUGCACAAUAAAAUUUUGUACAAGUGGCGAGCUUAAUGCCAUAUGGCAUUCUCUACCAGCUAACUAUUGGGUGAAAACAGAAAGCGUAUGAAGGGCAGAUGUGGUGAAAAAUAUGUGACAAUUAUAGUAACAUUUUAUUCAAAUAGAAUUGUUUACAAUCACUUUUAAAUCGUCAUUUUUUUUUAAUCUACUGCAGGGUUUUGAACGUUGUUAUCUAUUGAGAAGAGCCCGCAAGAAACUCACCGGUUACUCUUUUAAAUCUCUGUUAAUAUUAUGUGUAUUUAUUUAAAUGUACUAAGUCCAAAAUUACAUGGUCGUUAAAAGCCCAUGCAUGAUCGACUAACACCAUGCAGAUUUGUCAUUCAAGUAAUCGUCUAGUGUGUAAUGGGCUUUGUUCAAUAAGUGUUUUUUAAUAACAGUUUUAAACUUAUUAGAAGGCAGAUCCAAAAUAUCCUUCGGUAUCUCAUUAUAAUAUUAUUAUUUACUGCAAACAUUGCAUUGUAAAACACCGACAGAGCAUUGUCGUAAUGCAUAAAACAGUUCAUCUCAAUCAAACUGGGUGCCCAGUUCUCGGAACUUUCAUUUUAUUUGUUCCGCUUCACUCAAGAAAUUGCACAUUUAAAUUGAGAAAGUUCCAGUCUUGUGAUAACGCUCUUAGAACGGAAACUCUCUACAGUGAGGGAAAACAACAAUCUCUGUAAUACAAUGAAGUAAUUAAAAAGUUAUUGUAUAAAGAUGUUUUUUUAUGCACACAAAAAAGAACUUAGCAAAGGUUCCAUAUUUUAAAUACACUAUCGGAAUUUCGUCGUGUGGGUCCUGGCAUAGAAUGGGCCCAUUCCUUUCCCAUGGAUGUCGUAGGAGGCUAUUAAGGAUACUUAUGGCCCAAGGAUGGGCAGCAGCGUUUUUCUUAGAACAUCACCAAAGUCCUGACUGCGGUUGCCAAUCCGCCUAGUAAGCAUGGCUACUGACAAAAUUCUCCUUAUAGGAAAGUUUAACAGUGGACAGUUAACGUAGUAAAAUGUAGGUUUGGUACAGGUACCUACAUAUAUACAUAAACGAAAUUUAUUUGGUUGCAUCUAACUUUGGUGUGCAAUUAUCACUAAUCAAAUAAAACUGGGCUGUAUAGGUUAAGUUCCUUUUACAAAAAUUAAAAAAUAACAAGUUUCGAAUGGUCAAGCCUGCAUUACUUCAAUUAAAAAAUUUAUUGUAUAAAAUUUAUGCAACUCGUUCAUUAAAUUUAAAAAUUUUAAAAUAUAAAGUAAAUAAAUCUUUUUUGAUACUUAUAAAUAUCGAUAUUUUAAACAUAAUCAUAUUAUAAAUAGUUAUAUAUCACUGUGAAUAACAUUUAUUUUAUUUUGUGGAUACUAGAUAAUUGCAUAGAUUCAUUUUCAGUAUCGUUAUUCUAAAGACAGUAUUACCUCUUAAAUAAGGUAGCGAUUACUUUUUUGAUGAAGAUAUAAUUUUAUUAUAACAUUGAUUUAUUAGGCAAGAAAAUAGAUAUUAUUACAGUCUACAUUACUCCAUAUUAAAUAAUUUGAUAUUAUUUUAUGAAAAAAAAUAUCUACAUUGAAACUUCCGACAAAUUUUUUACAAUAUAUGUAAACUCAACUUCAAUUUUUUUCAAUAGUAAGUACACACCUACUUUUAAAAAUCGAACAAAAACGUGUUUAUUUCUAUAAGUACAUGGAAAAUUAAUUUUGGCGCGCAAUUACUAUUAAUCUGACAAGAAGAAAUUGAGUAGUCUGUGUUACUUUAAAAAAAAAAUUGAAAAAAAAAACUAAUAAAUAGGUUUCAUUGCAAUGCUCUAUAACAGGCGAAUUUAUAAUAAAUUCUUCUAUAAAUUGUCUCCCGCUGUUUUAUAUUUAAAUGGAGAGAUACUUUAUUUUCUGUUUAAAAAGUAACCAUUAUCUAAGCAAAUAAAAUAACAAAAUGGACAAUGUUUUACUAUAUAAUAAAAUUGUAAUAUUACAAGAGAUUCAAUUAUCAUAAUGUAAAUAAAUAGAAUAAUAACUGGAAAAUUUUCUAUUACAGUAAUAGAUAAGUUUAGUUGAUACUGGUUACAAUUUAACUGUAAAUAUUUAACUGUAAUGUAAUAACGAUAAGAGACUAUGUUGUAAAAUAGAACUAGAA